GACUCUCCAAGUGCAAAUACUUGAGUCGUCGGCAGGAGAAAGUGAUGAUGGGCUAAGUGGUGGAGCGGGUUGGAAAAGGGUGAUGGCGUAAUUUUUAAGCAUAAAUGACUUCAACAUCGUCCGUGGAGACGGAGGUUCUCCCUUCACAUUUAUUUUUGUUGAUCAACGAGAAUAAUUCGUAAUUCAACAUGUGGUCAAUGGUUUGUCUUUCAUUUUGGCUUGGAACUGCGUUGGCGCAGACGCAGUAUACUUCGACUGGGACGGCCGCAAUUGCAAAGGCGAGAGCUACGGCGUUGACGGAGAGUCCGACGAGCAAUAUUGCUGGGAAGACGUUUGAUCGUUUUGUGACGAUUUGGCUGGAAAAUACCGAUUACUCGAUGGCUGCUGCGGAUGCAAAUCUCCAAUGGAUCGCAUCUCAAGGCAUCCUGCUCAACAAUUACCUUGCCAUUACUCAUCCAUCUCAGCCAAACUACGUUGCUGCGGUGGGAGGCUCUACUCACGGCGUUACUGGCGACAGCUUUACUCGCAUCAGUUCAGCUAGUAAGACGAUCGUUGACCUGCUUGAAGCUAAAGGAGUCAGCUGGAGCGAGUAUGAAGAAGACUCGCCCUACAGUGGCUUUGAAGGCGACUACGUCAACCAGAAGACUGGCGCUAAUGACUAUGUUCGGAAACAUAAUCCACUCAUGAGCUACGACUCCGUCACAUCCAACUUGGAUCGCCUUGCCAAGAUCAAGAAUUUCACUAUGUUCUACACUGAUCUGAACAAUAACCAACUCCCGCAAUGGAUAUUCAUAACUCCCAAUAUGACAAACGAUGGCCACGAUACUUCCGUCACUACGGCAGGAAAGUGGGCAAGAUCUUUCCUCACUCCUCUAUUGAGUAAUGCAAACUUCACGAAGAAGACCUUGGUUCUUCUGACUUUCGAUGAAUCGGAAAACUAUGCAAACAACAAUCAAGUUUUCUCCGUUCUUCUUGGAGACGCCGUCCCUGCUUCGUCCCACGGGACUACUGAUACUAAAGCGUAUAACCAUUACUCGCAAAUGGCCACGGUCGAGAACAACUGGAAUCUAGGAAACUUGGGGUUGAGUGAUGCAACAGCUUCAACGUUCUUUUAACAUAGGGGAGAAAUAGAAAUGAUAUAUGCUCGAGUGGUUUUUGGGACAUUUGUCUGGAUGUCAUCCGUCGGCAAUGAUAUAGGGGGGCUCGAGUCAGGUUGUGGUUCAUGCUGAC